AAGACAGAUUCAUAUUAUUAUACCGAUCAAACAGAAGAAGAGCAUCCUCAGCACUGCAGGGAAGCAGCAUGUGUAAUCACAGUCAUCUUUAAUGUGAUCAUAUGCCUUCUUGGCAUCAUUGGAAAUGGUGCGGUGAUCUGGAUUACAGGAUUUAAGAUGAAGAAGUCAGUGAACACCACCUGGUACCUGAGUCUGGCUUUGUCUGACUUCAUUUUCUGCACUACUCUCCCUUUCACCAUUGACUCCACAGUUAAGAACAGCUGGAACUUUGGGCUCUUCAUGUGCAAGUUCACUGCUUUUGUUAUGACCCUUAAUAUGUACAGCAGUAUUUUCAUCCUGGUCAUCAUUAUUGUGGAUCGCUGCAUCACCGUCAAGUUUCCUGUCUGGGCCCAGAAUCAGCGCACCGUGCAGAAGGCGUCUUUAGUUGUUGUGUUGGCUUGGUUCAUGUCUUCUUUGCUUAGUAUUCCAUCAGCCAAAUUCGGAGAGAUUUAUAAUGCAUCAACAGUCAUAUGUUAUCAGGACUAUGAGGAUCACCACAAAACCAUCGUGUUCAUCCGCUUUACUUUUGGGUUUUUGAUUCCAUUCCUGACCAUCUUCAUCUGUUACUCCAUCUUGAUCUGUAAACUUCGAGCAAACCAAAUAUCCAAAUUCACCAAGCCCUUCAAGAUCAUGACAUUACUGAUCACAGCUUUUUUCAUCUGUUGGUUACCAUUUCAAAUUGUUUCUGUUUUAGCGUUGGACAGACACGAGUACAACCCUGGCUUUUAUAUGGCCCUACAUGUAUGUGUUAUUCUUGCGUGCGCAAACAGCUUUCUAAACCCAUUCCUUUAUGCAUUCAUGGCCAAGGACUCAAAGAAAUGGUAUUUAUUUCUUUCGAAGAUUGAAAGCGCCAUUGAUGAGGAGACCUAAAGUGCUUUUAAGGCAACUUCAAUUACCCACAUUCCUCUGCUGUCUGAAAUUUUAACAUAAGUCUCUUCCCAGUGUGACUGGAGAAUGCUGGCCUAUAGAAAUGACUUGGCAUUAACAAGUAGUGACAUUGUUUUUUUUACUGCAUGUUGGAGUUUCAGAAAUUUACAAUUAUAUUUUACAAUUAUAUUUAAGUUAAAACAAAACAAAUCAAAACAAAAAAGAAAGAAAAACAGUCAGCUGAUGAGUCAAGAAUAAAUAAAAGGUUCAACAAAAGCUCCUUUACAAGACAUUCUUUAUUAAAAUGCCUUUGUGUUUAUUGAUUUUGCAGAAUUCUAUGACAGCUAUUAAAUAUUUACUGUUUUUAUCUUACCAUUUGUGUCACUGAUUAGUACAUACCUGUAUAGUAUUACCAUUAUGUAACUGAUUAACACAUACAUAUAAAUA